AUGCACAAAUGGUGUAACAUUAGAUAUGGAUAUAGGAUCCUUAGUAUAAUUGCUGCAAAGAAGCUUCCAACAGGGCUUGUUCAUAAACACGAAGUGGCUGGAAGGGAAGAAUACAAGGGUAAAAAUAGAUACAGGGAGAUGUAUGCAUAUGACCACUCUCGCGUGCCGUUACAGAAGGAAAGGGAUGGCGACUGCGAUUACAUUAAUGCGAGCUACAUUGACGGUUAUUGCAAAGCUCAAAAGUUUAUCGCUUCUCAAGGUCCAACGAAUAACAUGAUCGACGAUUUCUGGCGAAUGGUCUGGCAAGAGAAUGCAGAAAAGAUUGUAAUGCUUACUAACCUGAUUGAAAUGGCGGCGAUAAAGUGUCUUCAAUAUUGGCCGGAAAUGGAUCAAACCUGCUCCUUCGGCGGAAUCGACAUAUCCAUUAUUGCUGUGAAGAAGUUUCGAGAUUAUGAAAUAAGAACAUUAAUUGCUAAAAAGGCCAAAUGCAAAUCCAGGGAAAUUCAACAGUAUCAUUUUAAAGCCUGGCCGGACAAAGAUGUACCUGACAAUGGAUGGUGUCUGGUUGAAUUUUUGACUGUUGUUGAAACACAGUCUACAAAUGCACCAAUCAUAGUACACUGCAGUGCCGGUGUGGGGCGGACAGGCACGUUCGUUGCUCUUGACAACCUGUUAGAACAAGCAAAGUAUGAAGAAUGUGUUAAACCUUUGGAGAUGGUUAUAGCCCUGAGGCGGCAACGAGUCAACAUGGUCCAGACAAAGGAUCAGUAUAUAUACUUGCACGAAGCACUUGCCGAAGCUCUGCUGAUGGGCACAGAUCACAUCUGGCAUAGACAGUUUGAAAAUGUCCAUCCCUUCAUGAUCGCAAAGGAAACUGGAGAAGAACAGUCAAGACUUGUUAAACAAUUUCAGAACUUUUCCGGAAAUAACACGUUUUUGAUGUGUAAAUCACCAUGUGAAGAGCAGCUGGAAGAGUUUUGGUCUCUUGUUGAGGAGCAGCACGUGAUCACCGUCAUUAUGCUGACCUCUACUUCCAACCGAGCACACCAGACUUGUGAGUACAUGGGCGGAAAUGGAGGUGGAAAAGUUGGAAGAUAUUCCGUUAGCUUAAUACAAGAACGGAAGAACAAAACAUAUAAUGAAAGGAGCUUUUCAUUUCGGGACGAGAACAAUGAGGACGAAGAAUAUCUGACAACAAUAAAACAGUUUCAAAUCAGCGGUUGGACUGAAGACGAAGCACUCCCGCCAAUACAAAACAUGUUGGACUGCCUCGAUGCUGUCAGAAAGUGGCAGCCGCACCUAGCCGAAAACAGACCUGUUUUGAUUCACUGCGAGACGGGACAAGAGCGGAGUGGAUUAAUCGCAGUACUUUUGAAUGAGCUUCAUCGCAUGGAAAAGACACGAGGUCAGAUAAACAUCGUGGAGACUGUGAAGACAAUGAAACAGAGAAACAGGGACAUCAUACCUAAUACUGUCCAGUACAAAUUCAUUUACGAUUCAAUUUUGGAACAUUCCAGGAGCAUAACGGACUAUGAGAACAUUUAAAGAAAACCUG